UACUCACUCGGCUGAAGCUGACCAACAUUCUGUUACGUUCGCGUCUAUACAAAGUAGAACAAAACUUCUUUGUUUUCUCUUCUCUUUCUUUCCCGGUCGCCUCUGCCUCUGCAGUCCGCACACUUCACCACCGUCGCCACCACUUCUCCCUGCUUCCCAACCCCUGAAACCGUCGCUCCUGCUAACACCCAACAGCUCAAACACACAAUUCCAGCAACCGGCGAAGUCGGCCCAGGCUUUCAUAAAAUAAACAUACUACUAAUUUAAUUAAAUAAAUACUAAUAUUAAUAUAACAUAUUAUAAUUCCAACAAACAGACAUAAAGUUAAGAUUAAGACUAGAUGUUAGAAUUUUCAAAUCUUUCUUUCUUGCCCGUCGUCCUUACAUUCUGCUUCGACCGCCGACGACUGCACUUUCCCAUCCUACAUUGACUUGCCUGCCUGUCUUGCUGAUGAUGAAGAAGCUAACGUGAGCCUCCCUUCCACUCCUUGGAUGCUUCAUUUUCACCAGAGGCUUUUGAUUUUGAGGGACUCACACUUGAUUGAAAAGCCAAAUCUCCCUCUUCAACCUGCUGCUAAUGGAGACCUCGUCGCGAUUGACACAGUGGAGGAUGAAGAAACCGUAGCCUCUUCAGAUUAACGGAGUAGGGAGACAGAUCUCUGGAUGAAAUGAUUUAAUGAGGUCCUUCUUCAUCUGGCUCUAGUCUGAUUGGCGGAGACCGGUGGUAAUGCCAUUUGGAGGACUGCUAUAAUUUUGGAGAUACGGAUGCCCCUUAGAUUAUGAUGGUGAUAAAUUGGUAAUGAGAGCAUUUGGUUACCGUAGCCUCCAUCGAAUUACGUUGCCAUGGAAUGCAAGGAGGGGGUUAAUAUUCUGAGAAAAGAUGGUGGUGGUAAUUACAAUAAUCAGAACCCCUUUCUCGACCGCAGCAAAGUAAGGAUUCUUUUGUGUGACAAUGACGCUAAGAGCUCUGAAGGAGUUUUCACACUUCUGUGCAAGUGUUCCUACCAAGUAACUUCAGUGAGGUCACCGAGGCAGGUCAUUGAUGCACUGAAUGCAGAGGGGCCUGAUAUAGAUAUCAUUCUUUCUGAAGUUGAUUUUCCAAUAGCCAAAGGCUUGAAGAUGUUGAAGUACAUUAUGCGGGACAACAAGUUACAGCGUAUUCCCAUCAUCAUGAUGUCUACCCAAGAUGAGGUUUCAAUUGUUGUCAAGUGCUUAAGGCUUGGAGCAGCUGACUAUCUUGUGAAACCAUUACGUACUAAUGAACUACUAAACUUGUGGACUCACAUGUGGAGAAGAAGGCACAUGCUUGGUCUGGCAGAGAAGAACAUUCUGAACUAUGAUUUUGAUUUAGUAGGAUCGGACCCAAGUGAUGUAAAUACAAAUAGCACAACUCUAUUCUCAGAUGACACUGAUGACAAGUCAAAGAGGACUCCCCUUCCUGAAAUGAGUGUGUCAAAUCAGCUGGAAGAUGAUUUCAAUGCCACUGCCUCUUCAGAGCCUCCACCAAAUAUCUUGUCUGGUAGUCAUCCUGAUGUGCUAGAUAUAACUGACAGCCAAACAGGGAAAAUUUCAUCAUUUCCAAAGAAAAGUGAACUGAAGGUAGGUGAGUCUUCAGCCUUCUUUACCUAUGUCAAGUCAAACUUGGCCACAAACAACUCCCACAAGGCUGGUGCUGUAGAUGAUAAUCCUGCUCAAUUGGUACACUCAAGAGGAGAAAAACUUCCUCUCUGGUGUAAACAAGUAAGUGAUGAUGCUCCGAGACAUGAAAAUAGAGGAGGAUGGGAAAACUGCUCUGGGAGAUAUGGUUGUCAAAGCAGUGAUAAUGGCCCUGAUUGCACUUAUGCUCAGAGAUCUUGUACUCCUUUAGCACUGGAGUUCCCACAAGAAAGGAAUUUAAAGGAUGAGCAAUGCUCUAAAGUAUUUUUCCAUCCAGGCAAUGAAACUCAAAUUGAGGUUUCUGGUGUGCCAGCCCCAUUUUAUAUGUCAGGAAUGAUGAAUCAAGUCAUGGUGCCAUCAUCAGGGCAAUUAUACCAACAGAAUCUUCAAGAUUUGCCUAAGCAUGCUAGUUCUCCUAUGCUGCACCAGUAUAGUCAUCUUUCACAAUGUCCACAAUGUCCUUCUCGUUUACCUGUUAUGGCAUCCUUCCCCUAUUAUCAUCCACUCAGUGUAUGCCUCCAACAAGGUCAAACACCCACAAAUCACAUGUGGCAGUUGAUGGGAAGUUCAUCAUCAAGUGAAGUGAAAACAAGUCGAGUUGAAAGAAGGGAAGCAGCAUUAAUGAAGUUUAGGCAGAAGAGGAAAGACAGGUGUUUUGAUAAGAAGAUUAGGUACGCCAACCGAAAGCGACUUGCUGAAAGGAGGCCUCGUGUGCGGGGACAGUUUGUGAGCCAGGUCAAUGGUGUAGAUGUGGAUCCCAGUGUCCAGCCUGCCAUUAUUGAUGAUUAUGAUGAAGAUGAAGAAGAGGAUGAAGAGGAUGAGGAGGCAUGCAUCUAGGGAUUCUAUUUUUUGAUCAGCAACAAGGAUUAAUUCAUUCACUAAUUAGAAAGAAGAUAAGUACAACAAGAGGUUGUGAAUACAAUCGCAACCAUGCAUCUAGGGAUUCUUCUCCCGAGGAUGCCGCUUCAGGAUCUAAAUGUUGAGGCUUUAGUUAAUGUUAUGCAGCUCUUUUUAUUUCUUCAGAGUUGCCUUUUGUUGUUGUUGUUGUUGUUCCAAAGCUUUCACGGUCGAUGCACAAUAGGUUGUUUCUGGUUGCAGUGUAUACUAGAUUGAGGCAUGGUCGAUGCACAAGAGAUGCACAAUGGCAUCUCUGAGAGGGAGGAAAAGAGGCUUAAGUGAAAUCUAGAUCGAG